CUUUCCAGUCCUGAGCCGCGGAGAUUAGGGGAGGUCGGGAGCAGCGUUCCUCGGGGGCUGCCCCGGGUCCGCUCCCGUCACAUGCGCCCCUUGUGCGGCCCAGGCUCGGCGCACUGGGUGAGGCGGCUGCCAGGGCGGCCGAGGAGGUCGCGGGAUCUUUUCCUCUUGAGGGGGGCGGGGAACGGGCGCCUGCCGCGCUCUCCUGCUGUGAGCUGCACUUUCACCCUGUGAGCCCAAGACGAGGGCCUCAAGUUUUUCGGGGCCAGAGCUGCUGCCUCUGUCCCGCCUGGUUCACCCCUGGGCUCCUCACCUCCCCUUGUCCACGAAAUUGUACUUAUUUGAGCGUUUCUAAUGGCGGACCUGGAGCCAGUCGUAAACCUCGGGCACAGGGCAAGUGUUCCGGCAAACGGACGAUGCCCGCCCAGCGGAGAUCCGAGUCGCCCGCUACCUCCCAGGCGGUGCACGCAGAUGGGGAGACGAAGGUUGGCGAGUUGAGGAAUCCCCUGCUGGCCUCGAGGAGCAGGAAUCAACCUUCACGCCAAUCUCGUGAAGCUUUGACAAACAUUAAGAAGGAAAACAUCUUCGUAGUUCUUUGGCAUGGAUAAAUGUUCAGUGGAAGGAUUAGAAUUGACUGGACAGACUCCUGCUUUGUUAGGAAAUACAACCAUGACAGCUAGUCUCAUAGACUUAGGAUACUCAUUUGGUGAUACAACUAGUCCUUUAGUCAAUACAACUCAAAACUCAUCAGUGGACAAUGAUGAUGAUGAUGAUGUUGUAUUUAUUGAAUCUAUACAGCCUCCUUCAGUUUGUGCUCCAGUGAUAGCUGAUCAAAGAAACUUUGUGUUUGCAUCAUCAGAAAUUGAAAAGCCACAAAGAAAUUAUUCUGUAAUUCUUACUUCCUCAAGAGAUUUGGCUUCUCAGAAGGGAAAUGUAAGUGAGAUAAUUGUGAUUGAUGAUGAGGAGGACAUAGGAAGAAAUGGAGACAAAGAAAAAAAUUCUCCCGGUUUUAUUGAAUGGGGACUUGCUGGAACUAAAAACAGAAUCAAAGAUUUGGAUUUCUCCACUUCCAAUCUUUCAAGAAGUAAGACCAAGACUGGAGUAGGACCUUUUAAUCCUGGUAGGAUGAAUGUGGCAGGAGAUGUAUUUCACAAUGAAGGAUUUGCAACACAUCCUAACCCUGAUUCUUGGAUCUCCCAGUCAGUAUCAUUGCCCCGUAAUCAGAAACAACCAGGGGUGGAUUCUCUAUCAUCAGUGGCCUUCCUUAGUCAACAAAAUUUCCAGCCAUCAACCCAGCAGCAACUUACUAAAACAUCUAGAGUCACGUGUGCGAACUGCAGAAAACCUUUACAGAAAGGACAGACAGCUUAUCAACAAAAAGGAUCAGCUCACCUUUUUUGUUCUUCCAUUUGCCUUUCUUCCUUCUCUCAUAAACGUACUAGAAAGACACGAAGUGUUACGCGGGAAAAAGACACACCUACAAAGAAGGCUACUGUUGUUCCUCCUGUGGAGUCAAGCAAAUCUCUCCAAGAAUGUUGUAGUACAUCUUGUUUGUCUCCCUCUGAAGACAACCAGAAUCUUAGAAAAGAAGUUAAUAAGUCAAGAUGUAUAAUCUGUAGUAAAUUAACAGAGAUUCGCCAUGAAGUCAGCAUUAAUAAUAUAACACAUAAACUCUGCAGUAACCAUUGCUUCAAUGAGUACAGGUUGGCUAAUGGUCUAAUAAUGAACUGUUGUGAACAAUGUGGAAAGUACCUGCCCUGUAAAAGUCCUGGAAGCAGCAUCCUGGUAAUUGGAGGUCAGCAGAAGAGAUUUUGCUGCCAAAAUUGUAUUAAUGAAUAUAAACAGAUGAUGGAAACAAAAUCUAAAAAAUUACCAGCAUCAGAAAACAGAAAAAGAUAUGCUGUUAUAGGAGAAGAUGAAAGAAAAUUCUGUGGAUCAUCAAAUACAUUUUUGGAAAAAAUAGAAAGAAUAUCACAGAAAAAAGACAAGACUUUGGAGCUACAUGUUUCAGCAGAAUAUAGGACAGAUACUCCACUGUUCAAAGAGGGUGUGAAUUUACCUUCUUCCAUGUCAACCAUUGUUGAUAAAUUUCAAGUGCAACUGGAAGGGAAAAAAUCAGAAAACUCCAUUAUACCAGUUGUGCUUUCUGCAGAUCCAGGGACAUGGCCUCGAAUUUUGAAUAUCAAACAGCGGGACAUUCUUGUUGAAAAUGAUCCACCUCAAGUAAGAAAUUUUAACUUUCCAAAGGACAAUACAGGGAGGAAGUUUUCAGAAACUUACUAUACACGAAUUCUUCCAAAUGGUGAAAAAUCUACUAGAUUUUGGUUACUUUAUUCAACUUCAAAAGAUUCUGUAUUUUGUCUGUAUUGCAAACUCUUUGGAGAAGGAAAGAAUCAAUUGAAAAAUGAGAAUGGUUGCAAAGAUUGGCAGCAUUUAUCACACAUUCUUAGUAAACAUGAAGAAAGUGAAAUGCACAUCAACAAUGGUGUUAAGUAUUCAAAGUUAAAGUCUGAUUUGAAAAAAAAGAAAACUGUUGAAGCCACAGAACAUAGAUUAUAUGAUGAGAAAAGUGACGUUAUCCUUUUGUACACAUAGCUUAUUUCAUUUUUUAUGUGACAAGGUCUUAAAAUACUCAAAACAUCUGUAUCAUAAUAGUAUGAUUGGGUUGUAAAGCUACUAUGCAGAGUAAUUUGCAGCAGUUCACUAGCAAUAAUAGCACAUAGAUACUAAAGAAUGUUUCAUCUGAAAUUAAUUAGAUUUAGUAGUCAUUCAUUAAUACAGAUUUUAAUGAAGGCAGUUUUUAAUUUUCUCUCUUGAUUUUUUUUUUUUGGCUAUAAGGCAUAUGUGAUUGCUGGAU